ACCAACUAACUGCGUGUGAGGGUUACCUAUUAAAACUAACCUCUGCAUCUUACCCUUUCUUUCCUCUUUAAUGGUAAUAUAUUUUAUUAGAUUUUUCUCUUUUCUUCAUUUUGGGUCUCUGUUUUGGUCGAGAGAAAGAGAGUUUGUUGUUCACUUUUGACUCUCCAAUUCAACGAUCAUGGACGGAGAUGCUUCAGCUGAGUUUCAAGACUGGGAACUCCUUGUCAACUCGGAUACAGACGGAGUUAACUCGCCCAAGUCAGUGAAUAAUUCGAGGAAUAUUGAAGAAAUUGAGGUUGAAUCUGAAGGUGUUCUCAGGUUAGAUUACUUCUCUCUUGAAAAUGAUGAGAGAUAUGCUAAAACUGCUAUUGAUGCUAGUGACGAGGGUUCCAUUGAGUCUGAUAAUCCUAGUUGGAUUGAUCCUGGGCCGGAAACUCGAUAUCAGAGGAGGAAUUCGGGUGAAUUUUGGUCUGAUUCGGGUAGUGAUCGGUCUGAUGAGCGUAAAUUUACUGAUUUUGAUGUGAAAAGUGAAUUGGGUUUUGUGGAAAAUGUGAAAACUGAAGUUGUUUUUGGAGUAGCUGGAGAAAUUGAAGGUAAAAAAGGGAAAUUUGAGUCUAGUGAAAGUAAUCUUAUUAAUUUGGAGGGCAAAAACGAAGUGGGGUCUGAUGAGAAUGUGAAAUCGCAGUCUGGUUUUGAAGAAUUUGGAGAAAACCAUAGUAAGGAUAAGGAUUUUAGCAAGUUCUGGUCGGAUUCAGGUGGUGAUAAUCUGGUUUUUGGUGAUGUUGGGAGAGUGACAGAGGGUUCUGAGAUUUUGGGUGAAUCCAACAUUGGAGAUGCAUCAAAAGAGGAAAAUUCGAGCAUUAUUGCAGUUGGUGAAAGGAAACCAGGAGGUGAUGAGGAGAAGAGGAAGGUAGUAUGGUGGAAGGUUCCUUUUGAGCUGUUGAAAUAUUGCGUUUUCAGGAUCAGUCCUGUUUGGACUUUCUCUAUGGCUGCAGCUUUUAUGGGAUUUGUUAUAUUGGGACGGAGAUUGUACAGGAUGAAGCGCAAGACAAGGGGCUUGCCGCUUAAGGUCACUGUGGAUGACAAGAAGGUUUCCCAGUUCAUGAGUCGUGCUGCACGUCUUAAUGAAGCAUUUUCAGUAGUGAGACGGGUCCCCAUUGUACGGCCUUUGUUGCCAGCAUCUGGGGUUAAUUCAUGGCCCGUGAUGACUUUGAGAUGAAAAAGCAGCAAUGUUAUGCGGUAGAUAUAAUGGGGGAAGUGUUGAAGCAUUAUGUGAACAUUUGUAAGUUUUAAUGUUUGUAUUGUUCCUCCUCUGUAAGUAAAUCCUGGGUGCUUUCUUUUUUAUUUUACUUUAUAUAUGGAACAUACUUAAAUAUGUGUAUACAUUUCAGACCAACUUAUUCUGAGGGUCUCAUUAUCAAAGAGAUCAUGUAAGGUCAAAAGAUGCUUUCCUCUUCUCUGAGUUAUCAUCCUGCUUUUGAUUCGUUGAACA